GCAUCUAGAGCUUUGGCAUUUAUUUUGUUCUCAGUUCAGACUAUAUUAUUAAACACAUCAGGUUAUCUUGUUAAAAUAAAACAGAUAUUAUCAAUUAUUCAGCAGAUUUUUAGCUGAUUUCUAAAAUUUUGCUAGAAACUUAAUUUGCCAUACAGGGACAAAAACAGAUCUAGUGUGCAUUUUUUGUAUAUUUGCAUUUUUAUUCUGCGCAUGUGUCAUUUCAUGCUCAUUUAUUGCUAGAUAGCAGAUGAAAUCAUGGAUCCCCUCUCAUCCUGGUGUUCAUUUUUGUUGUUUUUCUUGCAGUGUACGUCCAUGGAGGCAUCACAUGACCCGUUAAUCUUCAGUGUAUUUCCGCGUUCACGACGGCCGAGCUCUCAUCAAUGACUCUCCAUGGAGGUGUGCGCGGCUUCACCUAAAGCAUCCCCGCCGUCCUGCCUCCCCUCCGUUUGCCGCCGCCGCCGCUGCUGCUGCUGCUGCUGCUGCUUCUUCCUCUCCGAAUGAAUGAAACCGUGACCGUCUGAGCCUCUCCUCUUCCUCCUUCUCCGCCUCUUCCUUCCUCCAUCGAGCCCUUGUCGUCCACCGAGCUGGGGGGGAAUCCGGGCAAAGGGAGCCGCGGCGCUGCGCAGCGGCCGACGGACGCCCCGCCGCGACGCGCAACCAACAUGCUCACCCGGGUCAAGUCCGCCGUGGCCGGGUUCAUGGGUGGAAUCAUGUCCGGGGGCAGCUCCGGGGGAGGCGGGAAUCCUGGUGCCGAAAUGCCGCUGAAAUUCCCGUAUAUGAGACCCGAGUUCCUUGGACUGUCCCCGGAUGAGAUCGAGUGCUCCGCGGACCACAUCGCCCGGCCCAUACUCAUCCUGAAGGAAACCAGGAGAUUACCGUGGGCCACCGGAUACGCUGAGGUGAUUAAUGCUGGUAAGAGUGCGCUGAACGAGGACCAGGCCUGCUGUGAGGUGGUGGUGGCCAGAAAGAGGCCGAUGAGCUACUGCCCCCCCUCAACGCCCAGCAAGACCCCGACUGCCAAGAGACGCAACUCGCUGCCCAACGGAGAAGGUCUGGGCCUGCGAAUGGAGCACAGCAAGCUGGGAGAGGAUGCUGAAGGCCUCGUCUUCCACUACUGGGCGUUGUUCGACGGUCAUGCUGGUUCAGGUGCCGCCGUCGUCGCCGCCCGCCUGCUGCAGCAUCACAUCGCAUGUCAGCUGCAGGCCGUCAUCGAGAUCUUACGCAACCUGGCCUCCCCUCCUCCCACCGUGAUGGGGGAGGAACCCGACAUGAAUCCCUACCUCCAGGGAAACACUCCCGGCCCUCACCGAGCCCUGACCCGGGCCGCCUCCCUACGAGGGGCCACCGGCGCUCCGGGCUCCCCCUGCAGCACGCCUCCUCCGCCCCGCUUCUUCACCGAGAAGAAGAUCCAACACGAGAGCCUGGUGAUCGGAGCCAUAGAGAACGCCUUCAAAGAGAUGGACGCCCAGAUUGAAAGAGAGAAGCAAGUUUAUAACGUCACAGGAGGCUGCACGGCUCUCACUGUGGUUUACCUGCUCGGAAAACUCUACGUUGGGAACGCGGGUGACAGCAGGGCUAUCAUUAUCAGAAACAAUGAGAUCAUUCCCGUGUCAACAGAGUUCACGCCAGAGUCAGAGCGACAGCGACUUCAGUUUCUGGGCUUCAUGCAGCCUCACCUGUUAGGGAAUGAGUUCACGCACCUGGAAUUCCCCCGGAGAGUUCAGAGGAAAGAGGUGGGCAAGAGGAUGCUCUACAGAGACUUCACCAUGAACGGAUGGGCAUACAAGACCAUCGAGGAUGAAGAUCUCAAGUUUCCACUAAUAUACGGUGAAGGGAAAAAGGCGCGGGUGUUGGCCACCAUCGGUGUGACCCGUGGACUCGGUGACCACGACCUCAAAGUCCACGACUCCAACAUCUACAUCAAACCGUUCCUUUCCUGUUGUCCUGAGGUGAAGGUGUAUAACCUGACACAGUAUGAACAUGGUGCUGAUGACGUCCUGGUGAUGGGAACCGAUGGCCUGUGGGACGUCCUCUCUAACCAGGAAGUAGCUGAAGCCGUCACCACCUUUCUGGCCAACUGUGACCCUGAUGACUUGCACAGGUACACAAUGGCUGCACAGGACCUGGUGAUGCGAGCUCGCGGCGUGCUGAGAGAUCGAGGCUGGAGGAUCACCAACGAACGUCUGGGCUCCGGAGACGACAUCUCCGUCUUCAUCAUACCCCUGAUGUACGGCAACCGCCAGCCCUGAGGAGCCACCAGACCAGAGAUGCUUCAGUUCAAGGACCUGAAGGGCCUCAACAGGAUUUAUUAGUCCAGAACUCCGAAAAUCCCCCUUUCAGUUUCCUCGGUGCAGUUUGGCAGAUUCGUUUGCUCCCUAAGACGAGGGAGGUCAAGUGGAACGCAGAUUUGUGGAUGCUUCAUUUCUCUGUAGCAGUUCAGGAUUGGUCAGCUCAGGGGAACUACAGUCAGCACUGCUUCAUUGGUUUGUUUUUGCAAAGGCAAGUCAAGAAAAACAGUAGAUAAUUAAAUUGAAUUCCUAUCAUGAAUCAAAGCUGUCAAGAAUAAUUUGGCCUGUAAAAUGUUGUGCAUGUUGAUGUGAUGGAGGCGACUUCUCCUGAACUUCUGCAGAGAUGAUUAAAAAACGUGAAAGCCUCUCCGAAGAACUGAAGAAAAGCACUCUAACUUUAUUUUUCUGUCCUUGGCUCCUCCUCUUCCUCGACUCUCUUUUAUCCCUCUUUGCUUCUACUAUAUAGUCAACUUGUUUAUUUAAAAAAAUACCUCCUUCGUCUCGCAGCACAGACCAAGCUGACAGGUCAGCUGUAUUUUCCGUUUUGCCACAGUGUGGCUUUGAAGGAUUGCUGAAGAACAAUUACAUGCUUGAUAAACAAGUUGAAGAAAUGACAGUAUGGGUGUAAAAGAAAAAAGACGAAGAGCUGAAGUUAUUCCACCUCAGAGAAGCAAAAAUCCCCAUUUGAGAAGAACUCAUAAGAGGAUCUGAUCCUGUGUGGAGCAACAGGUGGGACAUGGUUUGGCAUGAAAAACAGUCUUGUAAACAUCUCGGCAACAAGGAGAAAGUCACUGUGACAACUCAUUUAAUCUAAAAUCAAAUCCUAAAAUGCUUUUAAAGAUCAGUUUAUGGCAUUUAUCCUGACUGGAUGUUGGAUGUACUUACAUGGGUCCCUUUCUUUAAUAAUAUACUUGUGACACUUGACUUCCCAUAUUUUCCAAGGAUUAGAUGAAAGCAGCUCUUUUGUAUCCGUCCAUUAUAGACAAAGCUACAUCCAGAAAAUAGUUAGCUUAGUUUAGCUUAGCAUAGCGUAAAGACUGGACGCAGAUGGAAAUGGCUAAUGGCUAAAAAAUCUCUCUGUUAAGCUUGCUAAUUACAUAAAGUUAAAUCUAAAUUCUGAAUACAGCAAAGACUGGCAGUUUCCACUCCAUUUGGCCUUUGUGGAAUUCAGAAACUGUUAGCUUAGCAAAUAGUGGCUGGGUUAAAUGACUUAUGGCUGCAAAGCUCUUGAAAACCUGCAAAGCUUGCAAAUUAGAUGACGCUAAAUCUGUCGUUUGAAUACACAAAAGACUAGCUGUUUCUUCUCUAUCUGGUCUUUUUGGGAAUUCAGAAACCUGUAGCUUAGCAUAGCAUAUGGAAGGAAUGGGGAAUCGGCUAAUGGCUAAAAACCUCUCGAAAACCUGUAAAAUAUGCUUACUAAAAUAAGUUACAUUUGUUUUUGAACACUGCAAAGUCUAGCUAUUUCUGUUCUAUUUGGUAUUUAUGGGAACUCAGAAGCCAUUCGCUUCCCAUAAAGACUGCAGGCAGAAGGAUACUGCUAAUGGCUAAAAAACUAACAAAAAUGUGAAAGCUUGCUAACUACAUGAAGUUAAAACUGUAUUUGGAGUACAGUAGGUCCUAGCUGUUUCUGUUCCAGCUGGUCUUUAUGGAAUUCAGAAACUGUUCCCUUAGCUUAACAUAAAGAAUGGGGGUAGGAGGAAAUGGCUAAUAGCUUAAAAGCCUCUGUCAAACAUGUAAAGCAUGCUAAUUACUUGGACUUAACUUUUAAAUAUAUUUUUUUCUGUUAAAUCAGGUCUUUAUGGGAACCAAAGGUGUAGCUACGAAUUAACAGAUACAAUGAGAGACUGUAGUAAUACUUAUAAAUUGCAUACGGACAACCACAGAAUUUGUAGAAACCUAGCAAAUUUCCUUAAAACAUGGAAGAAUAACCAUUAAUAAAACUCAACAUUAGAUUAAAUGACUUGCACAUCAGUUCGCACUUUAGACUAAUAACUCACCGAGGAGCCAUGAUAUGGAAGACUGAACAGGUAAAUAUUCCCUGCAACAGGGAGGAUUUAAUAAGAUGCAUAAAAAUCAUGAAACACAAUCAAAGUCAAGCUGAUGUAAAAAGAAAACACGGAGGCUUUCUUUUGCUUUUAACAUGUUUUGCAUGUUUCAUAAGCUUGAUGCUAUGUUCAGAGGGAUGGGUUUGGAGGUGAAGUGUGGAUGUAGUUACCUUAUGUGUCGGUGCAUGCAGUGACAUGUUCUGGGCCUGGGAUUAUGAGCAACGGUGCAAUGGUCUAAACUGCUGUUUGUUUUAUAUGGACUGAAUUUGUAUUUAUGUAAUGUAUCAGAGAACUGGUGAUGAUGUUAUUUGUUUAAUGUGCAAAAUGAAGAAAAAACAUGCAUAUAUUUAUAAGGUUGUUUUCCCCCCUCAAGAGAUAUUAGCAUCCCAGAUAUUUAGCAGAAGGGAGCUAAAGGAUGAAAUUAAGCAUGAAUGAAGGGAAUGAAAGGACAGUGCUAAUGGCCAUAUGCGAAACCAAAUCAUGUGCUGUGUUUGCACGAUUUUGCCAUCUUUUUGAGUUUAUUCACUGGACUCUAGAAAGAGCAGUGAUGGCAAGAGUUUAGUUGAUCAGGUCACAUCAGGUUUAGAUGCAGGAGAUGUGAAGAACUAUCAAAAGAAAGAUCAAAAGAAAGUUUAUUUUUGAGAAGUUUGAUUCCAAGAUGACGAAAAAAAGCUAUUGCAGAUGAAACAAACUGCAUGUUUUGAAGGAACUGUUGACCUUGACUGAAAAAAUACAACAGGGAUGUCCUAGAAUAUUCGAUAUGUAGGGUUUUAGAGUUAUAUAGGUUUACUUAAGGCUUGACUGCCAAGUGGGAAUAUGUCCCAACUUUGUGAAACAAGAUAUUACGGUGAUUAAUCGAAGCAAAGAGGUAGCAUUGCCAGGAUGAGAAAGCCAUUGAAGAAAAAGAGGAAAUAAAGUUCAAUAUUCUGGGAAUACCUAUUCUCGUUCUUUCCCAGAGUUAGAUGAAAAAAUCGAUACCACUCAUGUCUUAACGGUGAAUAGGAAGCUACAGUUAGCAGCCACCUAGUUUAGCUUAGCACUGAGGAAACAGCUAACCUCACUCUGUUUAAAGAAGCUCCCGAGUAAAGAAAACAUCCAAUGUAGAUACAUCCAUCCAUUCUCUAUACACCGCUUUAUCCUCACAAGGGUCGCAGGGGGUGCUGGAGUCUAUCCCAGCUGACUCGGGCAAAGACACCCUAGACAGGUUGCCGGUCUGUCACAGGGCUACAUAUACAGACAAACAAGCACACACACAUUCACACCUAUGGGCAAUUUAGAAUAGUCACUUAACCUCAGCAUAUUUUGGGACUGUGGGAGGAAGCCGGAGUGCCCGGAGAAAACCCACGCAUGCACAGGGAGAACAUGCAAACUGCAUGCAGAAAGAUUCCAGGCCUGGGCCGGGAUUUGAACCGGGGAUCUUCUUGCUGCAAGGCAAAAGUGCUAACCACUACGUCACUGUGCAGCCUCUGAUGUAGAUAUAUUUAAGCCAAUUUUGUAUGUAUGUGUAAAUACAUGUUUUUUUGCAAUUGUUCUUCAAAUCUGUCCAAAUUGACAGAAAAUUUCACCAGGAAUAAGAUACUCAGAAAUUUGGGUAUUUUUUUGGUUUGUCAAAAUACCAUAUUGAAGAAAAUAUCACUGCUAAUGUAUAAUGGUCACAAACUGUAAAUUGUGUUGUGCUACUGCCGAGUCAAGGCAUAAAAUGGUGCCUCUGCUACAAAUGUUCAGGGAAAACUUUAUACGUAUCCGGUUAAAACUAGACUUUCAGAUCUUAUCUUUUAUGAAUACAGUGACUGGAAUUGCUUAACAAAUUGCCAGUAAUGAACUAAUAGUGUGUGUAACAUUAGCCUAAGUUAGACUGCCAUUGUUGUUAAAGGAGCAAUGGACUUCAUUGCUAACACAUUAGCUUCCGCUCAAAUGACAAGUUAUAAAAAUUACAUCUCAAAUCAACACUCAACAGAUUCAGUUCACCACCGCUGAUACUAACUUUUUAAUCCGCUAUGUUACAGACUUUAGUGACAAACUAUAGCUACCUAUACCACUAACAUGGCAAACAGUUGUUGUUUAACUACAAGUUAUAUUAAAAUUAUCAUUGUAGUAAAAUUUGGCAACUAUUCCAGCACAGAUUAGCUGAUUGUCCAUCUCUGGUUUUAAUGGUAAGCUAAGCUAACAGGCUACUAGCUGUAGCUUUGUAUUAACUCAACAUACACAAGUGUGGUAUCAAUCUUCUCAUCUGACUCGCCUCCACAACGUGAAUAUGAUCCACAAUAUGAAACUUUUAAUUGUAAGUCACAUGAUAUGUGCCAUGGGCUAUUGUACCAUCAUAGCUUGGACUUUUUUUUGCAGUUGACAAUUCUUAUCUACAUUCCUCCUACUUGCAGCAGUCAUUUACAUUUACCUGAAGUUCAUAUGGUGCCGUUUUUUUUCCUGUACAUUCCAUGAAAGACAUUUUUUAGUAUUCUAUUAUAUAAAUGUCAUCAUUAUUUGCUGUUAGCAGGUGUUUCAAAUUCAGUUUGUACUCAAUAAUUUCUCGAAAGCCUGCUUUUAUUUUCCUAUGAGUGAUUUAUAUUUUCCGUGUGCUUUGCUUUUAGAGUUUUCUGAUGCCACCUAAGCUUUGUAUUAGCAUGUUUUACAAGUUUUUAAACUGUGAACAUGUUAAAGCAACAUCCAAAUGGUGCAUCUUUGAAUGUUCAUCCCUCUACGUGAUGCUAUAUAAUGUCAUUAAGCCUUUUUCUCUUAGAUGAAUGUGGAAAAAAUGAUUAUAUGAUUUUUUUUUCUCAUCCUAUUGUGCCACCCAGCUGCUGCACAUCAACUCAGGUUCAACUAUCAUGUUUAGAGAAAGGGUUUUCUAAAGGCCGGGAGUCCUCCGUGAUGGUUUAUUCGUUCCACUACAUUUGUAAAUACGUGGGAGCGGAUUGUAAAAGAAGCUCUUAGACUUGAACGUUUACUUCGUCCUUUCAGCUCGACUGUAGGUUUCUGUUUUUGAAGUAUUGUGCGCGUCAUCCUUGCUGUUGUGUUUUUUUUCUACUUUAGACUAGAAGGUUUGGGAAAAUGUGAAAGCGAUGGGAAGGUUGCUUUUUUUCUGCAGCAGAGGAAAAUCGGAAGCAUUUUUCAGUGAUCAUUGUGCUACCCUCAACCUCCAUGUUUGUGAAUGUGAAAUGUACAUUUUAUAUACCGAAAAAGAUAACUUAAGGAAAGAGUAUUUUUAAUGUUUCCUUGUGCAACUUUGAGGGAUGGUGGGGAACCAAUGUUUACCUUCAGUGUUUCUUAUCCAGAAAUGAAAAAAAAACAUGAAUAAAUGUUCAAGAUAAAUGUAAAACAAAAAAAAGGAAAAGGGUAGUUUGUCUCAUUAAAAAAAAAUCUAAAAUUGAAUGUCAAGUACAACUUAUGCUCAACAUGUAAGGGCCCAAAAUCAAUAGUCCCCCCAAAUCUUUUCCGGUUUCAGUCCAAAUCAAUCUCAAGAAGCAAGAAACAAAAGAGAAGCACAGGCGAGCUGAUCAAUGUUGUUGCUGUCUGUAUUCCCUGGGUUCUCCUUGUGGGAAGCAGAAACUAACAAACAGGGUCAACUGGCCUCCAAAAGACUAGUUGGACUUUGUGAGCGGACAGCGGAGGGAUUUAUUAGUGGAACAACGGCGUACCAGCUGAAUCUCAAACAUUUUGCAGGGAACACUGACAGAGAUGAAGCCUUUCCUACAGCAAACUACAGCACAGUGAAUUUCAGAAAUAGUUCUUCAUGAAGAUGAAGUUUUCCUGGUUAACAGCCAUUAUCCCAAGAUAACCUACAUUAAUCACAGAGGAUAUGUGAAGAGAAACACAUGAACGAUGACCAGUCGCUAACGUGAUAACUGCCUUAAUCCAAAACUACGUUUCCUUUAAGAGACUGAAUGAAAACACUGAGUUGGAGCAUUGCUGAGGAAAAGCUACACAUCAUGUUUUAUUGUUUGCCUUGGAAAGUUGCCGCUCAUUCUCCAAAGUACCUCAUUGUAAUACAUCACAUUUGAUCGGUACAAUUUGGCAUUCAAACGAAUUUAAAAUGGACCCUGUGUAUGCAGCCUGGUCAGCCAAAAAUUACAUUCUACACAACUAAUUUGCACCAUUAAAGUCAUUUGUUUCCCUCUAAUAACAGACCACUGUGCCAUGGUAGGAAAACCACAAAAUCUAUGCUUGGAAGGUAGUCUGACACACUUUUUACCCAGGAGUCAGGGUUUGUGUCUUAUGUGGGGCCGUUAUAUUUACUCUUAAGUUUUGUUUUCACCCACUGUUCGAAACGGUUAGCACAGUCUUGCAAAAAAAAAAACACCAUUUUACAGCACAGAAUGGUCUGACUGCACCUCACCAUCAUUCUGCUAUAGGAGGGGGGGGAAAUGCUCAUUUAUUUAAAGCAAACACAAUUAUCAUGGGUGGAGCAAAGGGAAUAGUGUUGAGUGGAAUCAUUUUGGUGCAACAUUUGCACGCAUGUAGGCAAGCGCUGUCAUUAAAGUAAUUCACUGCAGUAAAUUAGCAGGGCUACCUUCCUGCAAACUCCAAAUCUACAUUGUCAGAACUUGAAAUUUGCAUUAUUGCAGGUUGCUGCUCGGAGAUCGUUGGUGUUUCCCAUGUUGAAGUAGAUUUUGAAAAUGGUAACAUGUAGCCUGGUCUAUUUCACCAGUUGUAUCCUGCAGGUAUCGGUCUGCUAUCUAUUUUAUUGAUGGGAAAUGACAACAUUCUCAGAGCAGCAAUCUAUACACAAACUUUCCAACGUGCAAUAAGGCAGCCUGCUUGGUUGUUUUGGUGAAUUAGGCAUUUUAAUGACAGUACUCGUCUCCUCACGUGCAAAAGUUCUACCAAAACAGUGUCCACUGAUACUAUUCUGGAGGGACACUAUUGUAUCCUGGGCUCAGCACCAUCCAAGACACUUGUGACUGUUUUAAAGAAAUACAAACAAGCCAGAGUUUUUUUUUCCUUUUGUUAAAUGUUGCAAAAUUUCAAUGAGGUACAGCCAGACCAUUCUUCAGUACUGAGGAUAGCUGUCUUUGCGAAACUAGAUUUAGGCCCCAAAACUCCAAGGUUGUAUUUGUAAAAAUAUCCUUCUUUGGGUUAAACUCAAUCUUUUCUCAUUGUUUACUUCAUGUUAUAAUCUUGGUCAAGUUUAGGCAUGAAAAUUAAUGCUUAUGUUCAGGAAAAAUAUCUUGUGUUGGGUUAAAAUAUUUCUUUUUUGACAUGUUUGAAGCUUUUCCUUAACAUUUUUUGUUGCCAGGACAAAAGUCAAUAUUGGAUUGGUUGACAACUGAAAAACAGUACAAUAAAUGGUAAAGACAG